GCCGCUUAGAGCCCAAGUCCUGAUAGUCGCCGCCGACUGGGUACCAGCCCCUUAUUAGUCUGCAGGCGUGUGAAGGAAGAAGGAAACUCACGGGGACGGUGCAGGCUCUGUCUAUGUAUAACUGUGCAAGGAACACUUACAGAAGAAGACAAGGGAAGGAAAAAAGAAGUCACCUGACUGGUAGUGGUUGAUUCAUCAUAAGCCUAAGGGAGGCUGAAGAUUACUACACUGCAUCAUUACUCACCCUGGCCCUAAGAGUCCUCUUCCAUCAGGUGGAGCAAGACCUUUCCUAUCUGGCCCUAAGGCUCACAAGGACAUAAGAAUGGGCCGGGCCAGGGAAGUGGGUUGGAUGGCAGCAGGACUGAUGAUUGGGGCUGGGGCCUGCUAUUGUGUUUAUAGACUGACCAUAGGAAGAGAUGAUGAUGACAAGUCUGACGAUGAGGAGGAAGAUGAAUGGGAUGACGAUCUGGACCUGGAUGAGGAAGAAUCAGAGAUUUGGUUUGAUUUCACAACAAUGGCUCGGCCUUGGAGCGAGGAUGGGGAUUGGAAUGAACCUGGGGCCCCAGGUGGCACUGAACACAGGCCCUCAGGGGGAGGCAAAGCCAACAGAGCACACCCAAUAAAACAGAGGCCAUUUCCCUAUGAACAUAAAAAUACAUGGAACUCUCAAAGUUAUAAAACUUUCACUUGUGUUCUUGACCUCACUAAGUGUCCUUUCAUUCAGGGAAAAAUGUCAUUUGAUGAGCCCCAGGAUGCUGGCUUUUCACUUAGCCACAAUAUCAAUAGUCAUUUGGCCAGCCUUUCAAUGGCUGGAAACACGAUCCCCACCCCUAGGCUUGCUGUGAGGGAGAAGGUUUCCUGUGCCCCAGAAAACCUGAAUGCCAGUAUUAAAAACCAGGGCCAGAUUAAGACGUACAUCGAUGAAGUGUGUCAGGAGACAGUGUCACGUUCCUGCAACUCGUUUUUGCAGCAGGCUGGAUUAAAUUUGUUAAUAAGCAUGACAGUUAUUAAUAACAUGCUUGCCAAGUCCGUUUCAGACUUGAAAUUUCCUUUGAUAACUGAGGGAAGUGAACGUGCUAAGGUUCAAGUACUGGAACCACUGAUGGGUUUGUCUGAAAAUGAAGUGUUGGUGGGGAAUUGGCUGGGAACCCAGAUGCUAUUCUCCUCCAUGUCCCUUUUUAUCAGCAUUAGAAACAGAGAGAGUAUCCUGGAAGCCCUUGUCCCUUAAGUGGCUGACUCAGAGAGAAUAAGACUGAAUCCACCCAAAUCCUCUUGAUUUACAGACAUGAAAGAAUGGGCUGUGGGUGCUACUAAAGCUCUAGCCUUAGCUACUCACCACAUCCAGAGAGAAAGUUCCUGCCUCAAAAUUGAGGACUGCAUUAUAAUUGGCCAGGCAGAGGCUCCCACAGAGCUUUGGGGAACUUCAUGGUCUUGUGGUCUGCAGGUACAGUAUAUUGCUUCCUUGCAGCCCUUCUUGAACUUGUAAAGGAAUCACUGUGGCUGCCAGCUGCAGAUAACAGACAUAAAAUCACAUCAUCACAAGUGCUGAUAGUGGUUCCUGUUGUGGGCUCCCUAUCUCAGCAAGACUUUUUACAGAGAUCCCACCCAUAUGGGAGCUUGUGCUGAAAAUUCCUUUGCUUCUGCUAAGGUUGAAGUAUUUUUCCUUUAGUCUUUACCCCACACCAGCUGACGGAUGAUCAGCCUGUUCCUCAAAGAAAUGCACUAUUUCUGUCCAUUGUACUGAUUUGCCCUCCUCCACCCAAGUCCACAUCUAUGUGUAUCAUCAAUAAAUGUGUGUGCUUUGAUUGGCAAACAAGAA